AGUUUUUGAAGGUGGAAGACUAUAUGGAGCAGCUAUGUGAUCAGUUCCUACAGAAGAAAGACUAUGUGAAAUCGCGAAACAGUGAGUUCGUGCAGGUGGAAGACUACGUGGAACAGCUAAGUGAUCACUUCUUGCAGAAGAAAGACCAUGUGAAACCACAAAGCAGUGAGUUUUUGAAGGAGGAAGACUAUAUGGAGCAGCUAUGUGAUCAGUUCCUACAGAAGAAAGACUAUGUGAAAUCGCGAAACAGUGAGUUCGUGCAGGUGGAAGACUAUGUGGUGAAGGAAGUGGUGGAUUAGUGUAGGGGGAAGAACGCUUCAUCGAAUACCCUAUUGUACUAAAAUAUACUAAUUUCAAAGAGUCAGAAAAACGCUACGGAAGACAGCAAUUGCUAACCAAAAUACACGAAGUUUUGAAGAAAUACAGGUGAAGGACAAUGUGGAACUGUGAAGGGAAGAGUUUGUUUUGGUGAACCAGCUGGUCAUUCCAUGAAACUAGUUUAUAAUGCAAUAAAGAAAGAAAGUAUCCAAGCAACUCGAGAUUUCCGCAUAGUUUAAAUUCUGCAGAAGCGAGUUGCCUGUUUAAAUAUUCCUGCAAGUCACUGAAGGAGCCUCUUAUGAAGAGAGAGAGGAUGUACCACAGCAUUCGUGCCUGCUUCACGUAAAGCUUGGAAAGAAAUUCGAAGGGAACAUCUGCAGCGCCUGAAUAACUUUGACAAACUCCCAUAAUGCCCCAGUUUGCGUGAAGCUAAAGGUGUUCCAUAUCCAUGUUAUCUUCCAGAAUUUGAAGUUGUUUGGCGAAGAAUAACAGUGAGAGUGAUCGCCAUUGAAUGGAUGCCAUCGCCACGCUUGGCUUCACUACUCUACAAUUGGCUCUUGUUGUCGCUGGCGGCCUUCAUGAUGCUAUCUGCGGGGGCGACCGGUGGCGAGUCAAGGUGGAAUGGUGGACAUGGCUGUGGUGGCGGAGAGUGGAAGUGUGGGGGAGAUGAUUCUAUUGGUGGAGGAAAUGGGAAAUGCAUCAGCCUCAACAAGUUUUGUGAUGGUGUUGAGAAUUGCGAGGAUGGAUCGGACGAGCCUUUAGGAUGUACAAAUUGCAAUCAUACUUUCUAUGGAGAUGCAAAUGUGAAGUAUCCAUUGCGAGUGACCGGACCAUUUCAGAGGUAUCUACCGUUUGUGUGCAAAAUUACAUUUGUUGCUGCUGGAAAAGGAUACGGUGAUUUCGUUGAAUUAACGUUUUUAUCUUUUCAAAUUGGCAUACUAGAUAUGACAAGAAACCAGACAGCCAUUUGUCAAAAAGGACAUUUGAAAAUCUCUGAAUGGUCUGAUAACCCAAGAGAAUGGGAUGAGGAAGAAUCAUUUCCUGCUUAUUCACCCAUUCGCUAUUCAUCGGCUGCAUUCUCCAGGGCACAGGAGGAGACAUCUUCGAACAGCAGGCCAAUGUUCGGAGAAUUUUGUGGCUCUAUGAUUGAGAGGAGUGUCACAUUCUUCUCUCAAGGUAGCAACGUGAGUGUCACUGCAGUAGUUCCAAGCCGGGCUUCCAUUCCUUCAACAUCGUUUGGGCUCUACUUGACUUAUAGAUUUCUGAAACGAAGGCCGUCAGACGAAGACAGACAAUCAGUAUUUUUGGGUCAUCAAAUGCCCGGAACAUACUGUGAUCGGGAAUUUUUCGAUUGCCAUUACAGUCGAAGAUGUAGAAUACGGACACCAAAUUUUCCAGGAUUUUAUCCAAGAAACAUUUCAUGCAACUACUAUAUACGUCACUUAAAAACACCAGAGGGAUAUUCAGCAAAAAUUGUGAUCUCUCAAGUAAACGAUUACAAGAUAUCUGUUCCCACUGGAAGAGCAACCUCUACUACAAGCACGAGCUUCUUGCUGUCGACAGACUGUAUUUCAGGGGAUUCUGUUCGAAUUUAUGACGGAUAUUCCGUAAGAUCUCCUCAACUACUGGAGUUCUGUGGUUCCGGAGCUUUGCCAGAGAUAGUUUCCAGUGGAAAUGAAAUGCUUGUACAGAUAAAAAGUGCUCCAUACCAAUAUUUAAGUAAUUCUCGAGUGGAGAUUGAGGUCUCAGUCAGGUAUGAAAUGCUUCACGCGCAGAGCUUAGAAGAAGAUGGACGUUGUUCAUAUACACUUGAUGGCACAAAGAGAAGGUGGGGUGUUAUUUACAGUCCCAAACAUACAAUGCCUCCAAAUACGAACUGCACUUAUCGCUUCAUGGGGGCUUCUAAGCAUGACAGAAUAUGGAUAUAUUUCGUAUCAUUCUUUGUGCUGGUAGAGAAAGGUCCGCCCGAUGGGAGAAGCGAGAAUUCUUGUUCCAUUAGUAAAUUAGAAAUUUACGACCUUGAAGAUCACAAAGGAAAUGUCACUGGACCUUCUACGCAUAUGGCAGCAGCUCCCACCCACCAGUUUUGUGGUGAGAUCGGCCCAAAAUUGUGUGCUCAUGCUGCUGAUUACCCACCUCAAUUUCUUCCUGCAAGACCUUGUGAGGUUCCUAGUGAGAGCUAUCUUUCCUCAUCAUCUGAAAUAAUCAUUCGUCAUCGGUUCUUAUCUUUUGCUUCAGAGUUGUUAACAAGUUCCACGAGUUCAUUCACAGCACGUUACGAGUUCAUCGACACCCGUCUUCAAGGUACACAAAUUGACCACAGUGAAUGCGAUAGAAGAUUAGACAGCAGGAUCUCGAAGCAAGGCUCCUUCGCAAGUCCAAGAAAUCUAUUUUUAUAUGGUAGGGGAGGGAGGAAAAACCUGAACUGCAUGUAUCACUUUGUUGGUUUACCAUCUGAAAGAGUGAGACUGACUUUCCGCAGAGCAAAGCUGAAAGGUGGAAACUCAAUUUGUAAAUAUCACUUUGAUCCAGUCUUACAGAGACACAGUUGCAGAACUUUCCCAAGUUCCCACGAAAGUGUAACUCUGAAUCCUUGGGGCAUGCUCAGAGCCUCAGAACACUGGUUGGGCUACUCUUCUCCGGUGGGUUGCUUCUGCAAUGUGGAUUUUGACGAAAGGGACCACCAGAAUGUGGUUUUUGAGUCACUAGUGAGCAAUGUUAAGCUGGAUUUUGAAGUAACCGGUAUGUCACAUUUAGAUGAUUUCGAGGACUUUUUCUUUGAGGCGGAAUAUGAGUUUGUAAAUUAUACAAAGUGUGAUAAUGGACUUCGACGUCACAGGGGACCAAGUGGUGAUGGAACUUUGUCCUUUAGAGUGCCGCCUAUACUUUCUGAGGUGCCUUCUUCACAUGGACCGUUGAGAUGCAGAUGGAAAAUAGAAGCUUCGACAAAUAAGCAUUUAUACUUGAAAUUUAAGGGUUACAACGCUUCGAUAGCUGAAGAAUGCCGUUUUGGAAGCCGUAUUCUAGUGUAUGUAGAUCCACGCGGAAAACCUGUCGCCAAUGCUUGCGUAGAUAGUGAACAAGUUCGCAGAGAAGAAAUCGUUGAGUUCGACAUAUUCUCACACAUGUGGUAUAAUGAAUCGAGAGAAGGAAGCUUUACCCAUGACAGAGACAGAAUCUUUAUUGAAAUGGUUGGACCACAAAACUAUGCAUCUUUCAUUGUCCAUUGGUUAGAAGUCACGCGGCCUUUUGUUAGGACUCAGUCUGGUCAAACUUUGAGAAAUGUGGAUUGCCUUUUUGAAUGUCCAGAGAUUGGUGCUUGUAUUGAUCCGGAGCUUUGGUGUGAUGGAACAAUGCACUGUCCAUCAGGCUACGAUGAGUCGCCAGAACACUGUAAAUAUUUCCCAAUCACAUACGUAGCUUGCGGGGCAGCUGCUGUAUUUGUUGUGAUAAUACUUUUAGUGUGGUUCACAAUCCGUAGAUGGCGCUUAAGAAAACAUUUAAAAAAGAAGAACAUUCGUCAAUAUCCACCAGACCACUAUUGUUUAGAAAGCCCAAUGGGAUGAAAACUUAAUUUUUGAUACGUGAGUUUAGGGUCUGAAACAUCAAGUAUUUGUGUGCGAUGGUGAAUGCUUGAAAAGUUCAUGGAAAUGUGGUGACUUCUUCGUUUUUUUAUAUUAAAAAAAUACACGAGCAGUGUAAAAAAACAUUAAUAAACUGAUUUUGUGUGUAAUUUAUGAAAAAAAGUGCUUGUUAUUUUGGACAAUAUGGCUUCAGAACACCACAUAUCAAGAUUGAUAAAACCAAAAUGAUUUUUUGUGGCGUUACCAAAAGAAGGAAAAUGGUUAUGUUUAUUGAAUGCAUAGAAAUAUUUUAAAUCAAAUUGAACUCUUGGUGCUGAAUAUUGCUCAAUUUCAAAAGAAUUAAAAGAGUAGUUUAUUAGAACAUAUAAUAUUCACUUGUUCUUAGAGCAGAUUCUUGAUUAUUUCAGAAAUGAAAUUAUUCCGUUUUUGUGCAUGUUAAAUAUAAAGCACCAAAUCUCUACCUUAAAUAAGGCAUUUUAAAGAUCUUUUUUUUUUUUUUUAGUUGAAAGUAUUAAUAAAUUUGUUUCUUAUCCUUUUUCGAA